AUGUCCGCAGAUACAACCCCGAUCACACCAGCACGCUUCGCUGUGGCGCUCAAGGACCUCUCUAUCGGCAUGCUACACGUCAAGGUUCUUGAGAUUCGCAACUCGAUCGCACAUCUCCAAUACUCCAACGCCGAACUUAAACCAUUCGCAGAAGGUCUAGCUACAGCAAUGCCCGAGAACGAGAACAAUCCUACAACUGAUGGCACACCAGACCAAGACUGCAUCGAUGCCAUCAAAGAAAAUGAGCAGGUUAUUGACCGCAUGAUGGAGCGCAUAGCCAUCAUCCGUGUAGAGGUCGAAGAGCGCGGUGCCAGCUGGGAAGAAUUCCAGGCAAUUGGCGAUGCUCAAACAGAAGUUGGGGCAGGCGACGACAACACCAACUCUUCAAAUGCAGAUGGGCGGCAUUCAGCUUGGACAGAUGGUACUUUUCAGACUGGAAUUAUAAGAAAUGGCCAAGUACAUAGAGAUCAAGAUGCUGGCAGUAGGCAAGGUGGUGGAACAUUGGAUGAUGAUCAGUUACGCGCUGCUAUGGACGAGCAGCUGCGAACGUUGGGCGAUGAUGACGACGACAAUGGUAUGCAUCUCUAA